GUUUGAUUAGAGUUUUUAAUUGCUUGCUAAUAUUUAGUGUUAUAGUAAUGCGGUUGAAUGUCUGAUGACCAAUUUAUAACUCUCUCUCUCUCGCUCUCUCUCUCUCUCUCUCUCUCUCUCUCCCCGCCUUUUCCUUCCCUUCCCACCCUGAGUCGAAUAGAGUGGAGUGGUCAGUGAGCUGAAAGAAUAGAUUUCGGAUUUGGUGUGUGUGAAAUGUGAACACUCAGUCAGAAAGGACAGUUCUUGGGACAGAGAAUUUGACUUCAAGUUCCUUUACUUCAAGUUCCAAACUGCCUUUGGAAAUGUGUAAUACUGUGCACUGCCACCUGCAAAACUGGAAAACCCCAAUGGAAUGUGUUUAUUUCUGAUGCCUACAACACUUGGAUAAUUUUGCUUGGAUUUCCAAAUAGAAAAGCAGGAUUUAAGUAAUGAUUUACCUCAUCUACCUUUUGUGUUUCAUCAGCAUGUCAGAUGCAGUCAUGGAUCUCACCAUGAGGUCAAAUGGGAGAAAUUCUUCACAGAACUUUGCCCUCUCCUGCAUCACAGGGGAGCGCAACACUGAUGGAUUAGAGCUUAGCAUUAAAAAAGACAACAGCAUAAUGCGUAUGACAAACAUGCCUCGUUUCACUGUGCAAAAGCUUCGCUCUACAGAAGUGCUGGCUUCUGGUUUCAGUGGCAUGGAGCACAAAGGCAUCUUUUACUGCCAUUUGAAGCAGGGCUCAAAUCACCAGACCACUGUCACUCUCAUCAGCAACUACAAUAAAGGUCAAUUCAGACCACAGAGGCUCUCCCUUGUGAGUAAUAAAGGAGACACGGUACAUCUGGCAAUGGAAGUUGUGGGCAAGGAGCAAAGAGAUGUCACAUGGAAAUUUAACGGGAAUUAUCACUACAUGACCAACUGGGGAGAUGUUGAAAAUCGGACUGCAGUCCACACCAUUUAUAAUGUUAUGCAGACCAAUGCAGGGAUAUACAGUGCAAGCUAUGUAGGAGACAGCCCCAUCUACGGAGCCUGGAUGCAUCUAAUUGUUCGCGAUUGUCCAAAGAACAAAUGGGGCACAUCCUGUGACAAGGAAUGUCCUGAGUGUCUUAAUGGUGGUGUUUGUCAUGACAAAGAUGGAGACUGUGUUUGUCCUCCUGGCUUCAUGGGGACACGCUGUGAGACAGCAUGUCGAGAGGGCAUGUUUGGACGAAACUGCCAGGAAUCCUGUAAGGCAGAAAAUGGAUGCCAGGGCCAGACCUUCUGCCUUGUUGAGCCUUAUGGCUGCUCCUGUGCAAGUGGCUGGCAUGGACAUCACUGCAACAAACCCUGUCCGGAGGGAAUGUAUGGAGCUGACUGCCGUCUGAGCUGCAAUUGUAAAAACAAGGGCAAAUGUAGUCGCUUCAGUGGCUGCCAAUGUCCUACUGGUUGGAGAGGACAACACUGUGAGAAACUAGAUCAUGCUCCCCAAAUCCUUGGCAUGCCGAGGAACCUGGAGUGGAACCUGAACUCCAGCCCAAAAAUCUUAUGCUCUGCCACAGGCAAUCCUCUUCCCAGCCACAACAGCUUUGAGCUACGCAAACUGGACAGCACAGUUCUUAAGGCCUCCCACACCACAAUGGACUCAAAUAAGAGCACAGCUCAGUUUGAGAUUCCACGCUUGACUGCUGAGCAUGGGGGGCUCUGGGAAUGUCGGGUCUCGACUAAGGGAGGCCAGGACUUCUGUAAGUUCAACCUGACUGUUAAAGUGCCCCCCUGUCCAACCACUCCUCCAAAACUGAUCGAGAAGAGCAGCAAACAGCUCAUUGUAAAGCCUGUAGAGAGCUUCAAAGGUGAUGGGCCCAUUUUGUCUAAAAAGAUCAGCUAUAAGCCCAUGGAGUCAGAACACCCCUGGUCUUCUAUUAUAGUGUACGGUAAUGAACCAAUUACACUAAUGAACUUGAAGCCCACGACCAGAUAUAAGGUUCGGGUGCAGCUUACUCGGCCAGGAGAUGGAGGAGAGGGGCCUUCGGGUCCAGAGGCUAUCAUGGAGACUGACUGUCCAGGUCCCUCUUCCCCACGGAAUGUCGAGGCUAACCCCUUGUCCAUCAGCACUGUUCAGGUUCGCUGGGACCCUCCUGUGGAUCCCAAUGGAGGCAUUGUGAAAUACAUCAUUGAAUACCAGCCAGUGGGACAAGACAACUUACACCCAUGGGUGGACACUGAUGAUGGGAACAAGACCACCAAGGAUGUAACAGCAUUAAAUGGCAGCACCUUAUACCAGUUUCGUGUACGGGCUUUCUCAAAGGUGCCCGGAGAGUGGAGCAAGUUUGUGCAAGCCAAAACCCAAGGAGAUGGUACUGCCAGCUUCAUUCCAACCACUCAGGGGGUUGGAAGGCCUAGGAAGGAGGAGUAUCAGCUGCUCUGGGCUGUGAUUGGCUCAGUGGCAAUCACCUGUGUCACCAUCCUGCUAGCGCUACUGGUCCUCUUCUACAUACGCAGAUCCAUUGUCAAACGCAGACGCACUUUCACCUACCAGUCUGGAUCUGGAGAAGAGACCAUCCUGCAGUUCAACUCGGGGACUCUCACACUGACUCGCAGACCGAAGCCCACCCCAGAACCCCUAACCUACCCUAUUCUGGAAUGGGAGGACAUCAAGUUUGAGGAUGUCAUUGGUGAAGGGAAUUUUGGGCAAGUCAUUAAAGCCAUGAUCAAAAAGGAUGGGACCAAAAUGAGUGCAGCAGUCAAAAUGCUUAAAGAGUUUGCCUCAGAAAAUGACCACCGUGACUUUGCUGGGGAACUGGAGGUGCUGUGCAAGCUGGGCCAGCAUCCCAACAUUAUUAACCUUCUAGGAGCUUGUGAAAACAAAGGUUACUUAUACAUUGCUAUUGAGUACGCUCCCUAUGGAAAUCUUCUGGAUUUCCUGAGAAAGAGCCGAGUUCUGGAGACAGAUCCAGCGUUUGCUAAAGAACAUGGCACUGCAUCCACGCUUACUUCCCAGCAGCUCCUGCAGUUCGCCGCAGAUGUGGCAACAGGCAUGCAUUACCUUAGUGACAAACAGUUUAUUCACAGAGAUCUGGCAGCCAGAAACGUACUGGUUGGAGAAAAUCUGGUGGCGAAAAUUGCUGAUUUUGGACUCUCACGUGGAGAGGAGGUGUAUGUCAAAAAGACCAUGGGAAGACUUCCUGUACGAUGGAUGGCCAUUGAAUCCCUCAAUUACAGUGUCUACACCACAAAGAGUGAUGUCUGGUCUUUUGGGGUGCUCCUGUGGGAGAUUGUAAGCUUAGGAGGCACUCCUUACUGUGGGAUGACCUGCGCUGAGCUGUACGAGAAGCUUCCUCAGGGCUACAGGAUGGAGAAGCCUAGAAACUGUGAUGAUGAAGUGUAUGAUAUGAUGAGACAGUGUUGGAGGGACAGGCCUUAUGAAAGGCCACCAUUUUCUCAGAUAUCUGUUCAGCUGAACAGGAUGCAAGAGGCAAGGAAGGCCUACGUAAACAUGGCACUGUUUGAGAACUUUACCUACGCUGGAAUAGAUGCCACCGCCGAAGAAGCCUGACUACUCGCCCCCCCAGAUUCCGGCAGGUUCCACAGUCCGAGGGAGGCUCAACACAGCAGGGCGAUACGUUACUGCCAACCCCCUGUUGUUCGGUUCCAUCGCUCAAAGAAGAGACACUCGCCCGGGACCAUGGGCUGUAGAGGAAAGACUGUGAAAGGACACUUGUAGGGCUCCUACUCUCUUCCGUUAAACUGUGGAUGAUCUCAGAUCAUUGUUAUACACUGGUCAGCUUGAUGAUAUAUCAGUGUUUGAAUGCUCAACAAAAAAGGGCAUCUAAAAGAGAUCACAUUUGUGCUGUCCCUGUACCUGCUGGGAUCUGUGGGGAUUUUGACAACUCUGUGAAUAUUUUGUUCUCUAUUAUGAGGCGCCUUGUAACAUUGUUGCAAUGGGGGAAAAAAACGUAUGAAUGUAAUUCAUACAGCUGGACAUCGUUCUAUGUAGCACUUAAUAUAAUGACAGAAAACCAAGUGUACCGUAGUCAUUUCAGCACAAUAUGUAUACUGUAUAUUUGACCUUGGCUUAUCGUAUAUGCUUGUAAAGACAGUGUUUAUAAAGCUCACUUAACUUACUUAAACUAAAGGCUUAUUCUGGCACGUGUCAGCUACCGAAAACAGCUUUUAUCAAAUUUGAUGUCAAUUUAAUAAACAACGUGAGUUACGUAACUUACAGAAUUUAGAUCACAUAAAAUUAUGUUAUAACAUAUAACUAUAGCCAUAUAAUAUAUGGUUCCUGGAUCCUCACCCACCCUGGGUUACUUUAGAAUGUCUUGAUAACUGACUUUGUAUCUCUGUAAACGGGUAUGUACGAGUCACAUAAUGCUGAUGAUGCUGGAUGACAAACAUCAGACGCAAAGUUGACAGUUUAGGAACAGAGGAAUAAUACAUAACUCUGACAUUACAGUGUCAUAAGUUUGCCAUAAGGAUUCCUAAAAAUCUUAUAAACAGAAAUAUGAAACUCACUUUAAAAAUCCAGAGAGAACAUACAUUUCUCUAUUACGCUUUUAGAGUGUAAUUCAAUUCAAUUUUGUUUGUAUAUAUUACAGUAUAUAAUAGCACACAGCAGCUUUAUGGUGAAGUAUUGUCACUGCUAAAACCUUCCCUAUGCAGCAGUGUUAUACAGCAGGGUUUCAUGUCAGUGUUAGACGUGCUGAUGUUUAUUCAUUCUUCCAAUUUAACACCCGUUUUGUUGUCCCAUUGUGCCAGUUUUUAAUUUAGGUAGUCUUUAUGACAGCUUCUUCUGUUGUAAUAAGCCUUUAUAAAUGUUUAAGUUGUUUAGAAGCUCUUAUGUAGGUGUUAUGUAGUCGUAUGAAUAUUUAAGUCAUACUGUUUGUUUAGAAAACACCUUAUCAAAUCCCUUUUCUAUGCAUUUAUUAGCAGUGAUAGCAGCUACAUAAAUUUGUGUAUCUGUCUGCAUAUACUACAUGUACAGUUUUAAAAAAAAAAAAAAUAACUGGAAUUU